AUGUUUUCGCCAGCCGUGGAGCCGACCUACCACUUCAAAGUUCUGGUGCCAUCCAUGGUCGCAGGGGCCAUCAUCGGCAAGGGUGGUGAGACCAUCGCGCAACUGCAGAAGGACACUGGCGCCAGGGUGAAGAUGUCCAAAUCACACGAUUUUUAUCCGGGCACCACAGAACGCGCAUGUUUAAUAACCGGUUCAGUGGAGGGCAUCAUGGUAGUGCUGGACUUCAUUAUGGACAAGAUCAAAGAGAAACCCGAGCUCGUCAAGCCGUUCCCAGAUGGAGUCGACGCCAAGAUGCCACAAGAUAGAGACAAGCAGGUGAAAAUCCUAGUCCCAAACUCCACAGCAGGCAUGAUCAUUGGCAAGGGCGGAAACUACAUCAAACAAAUUAAAGAGCAGAGUGGCAGUUACGUGCAGAUCUCACAAAAGGCAAAAGAGCUGUCGCUACAAGAGCGCUGCAUCACUGUUGUGGGUGAAAAAGAUAACAACAAGAAGGCGUGCCUCAUGAUUCUGCAGAAGGUGGUGGACGAUCCUCAGUCCGGGUCGUGCCCGAACGUAUCGUACGCCGACGUGGCUGGUCCCGUCGCGAACUACAACCCCACUGGUUCGCCGUACGCAGUCGCCACCUCUGAGGUGACAGAGAGUCAUGCGUUGGGCGGCGGGGUGGCCGGCGUGGGCGGCGUAGCUGGCGUGGGAGGAGUGGGUGGUGUCCUAGUAAACGGAAGCGGUCUUGGAGCGCUCUCGUUGCAGCUGUCUCUAGCACCCCCCGGAACGCCACCGGCUUCUCCUCUUACACAACACACACUUGAUCACAUCAAGGUGGCACUCCGACAGGCCGGAUACUCCGAGGCCGGUAUAUCUGAGAUCGGCGCAGCGCUGUCGCUACUAGUAAAACACGGAGUCCUCGGGCUGGCCUUACCCCCUGCACUGCCCCACCCCGCGCCCCUCUCUGCCGCCUACUUCCCGCUCUCCGCGCAAGAUUCGCCUGCUGUCUUCGGACCGCUAUCGCAAGUCUCGCUCGCGGUGGCGCCGAUCUCGCUGUCGGGCGGCGGGGUGGGGGUCGCCGGCGGUUUCCCGGGCUCGCUGCUGCCGCUUUCCAAGAGUCCUACACCGGCCGACGCGGGCGCCAAAGAUUCCAAGAACGUGGAGAUCGCAGAGGUCAUCGUUGGUGCUAUAUUGGGUCCCGGCGGUAGAAGCCUUGUCGAGAUUCAGCAGAUGUCUGGCGCGAAUAUCCAGAUCAGCAAAAAGGGAACCUUCGCGCCCGGCACCAGGAACCGGAUCGUUACCAUUAGUGGCUCCCAGACCGCUAUCUCCUCGGCGCAGUUCCUCAUCGAGCAAAAGAUACAGGAGGAGGAGCUAAAACGCACCCGCCACAACGCAAUAUCCACGCUCAUGCAGUGA